AUGGCACGUAAGAACACUAAGAAUAAGUCUUCUAGUAGGAAGAGAAGUUCCCAAAAGGUUCUUGAUGCGUUUCAAAUUGCAGAACGUGCAGAAAAUAGAUCAGAAGAUGAUUCGGACAAUCGUCCGGGAGAUGAAGAUGACUUAGAAGUACACGAUGGGAUUAUGGAUGCUAGUAAAUUUUUGGCUAAUAAAAGCAAAGAUGAUGAAGGACUCAGUGACGAAGAAUUAGACUCGGAUGAAGCAUUAGGAUCUGAUGACGAUUAUGAUAUUUUAACUUCAAAAUUUUCCCAAACCAUUAGAGACAAAGAAAAGAAAAGGAAGUUGAACGAAAAGAAAAGAAAGAGAGGCGAAUAUAGAGACAGUGAAAGUGAAGAUGAGGAAGAAGAUGAAGGGUAUGCAAGUAUAGACGAAAGUCAAUUGGUUACCUUAUCACAAGCAUGGGAUAUGGAUGAAAAAGAUGCAAAGAGCCUUCAAAAGUCUAAUGAUAAUAAUGAUCUUGUAUUGGAUGAUGCAUGGGAAUCUGAAUCUUCCGAAGAAGAAAGUGAAGAAGAAAGUGAGGAAGAAAGUGAUGAUGAUGAAGAUAUCUUCAAGUCUGCAUCUGAAAAUGAGAAUGACGACGAGGUUGAUUUAGCAAACACCGUAUCUCAAUUACAAUCGCAAUUAAAGAAGCCAGCCAAAGAAAGAAAAAGAUUGAUUGCUGAGGCUACUGAUGAAAAUGAAUUCAACUUGCCAACAAAGGGUGUGACAUUAUCGUUACAAGAUAUGAUAUCGGCGGUUGACCCAUCUGUAUCGAAAGAUGCCAUUUUAAUCGAUAAUGAAGAUAAUAGCAAACAAAAAGCAUUAGCUACUCCACUUCCAAAGCGUAUACAAGAAAGAAAUGAAAGACAAAUCGCUUAUGAGAUUACCAAUGAAGAUAUCAGUAAAUGGGAAGAUACGGUCCAACAAAACAGACAGGCCGAAGUAUUAAAAUUUCCAUUGAACCCAGAGAUCAAGCAUAAUGAUACCGCUACCACAUUCAGAUCCUCGAAUGAGCCUAGUACAGAAUUGGAGAAGAAGAUUCAAGGCAUUCUUAAAGACUCUGCAUUAACUGAUGAUAGGAAGGAAGCCACAUUCGAAGAGAUUGCGGCUGCAAAAUUAUCUUCAGAAGAAUUGAAAAAGAGAACUAAUGAGUUGAGGUUAAUGAGAGAAUUAAUGUUCCGUGAUGAAAAGAGGGCCAAGCGUAUUAAGAAGAUAAAAUCCAAGACAUAUCAUAAAAUCAAAAAGAAGGAAAGAUUAAGAACUCAAGAGAUGGUUGAGGGGUCUGAUAUGGAAUCUGAUAAUGAAGAUCAUGAUAUGAAGAGAGCCAAAGAGAGGAUGUUAUUGAAGCAUAAAACUCAGUCUAAAUGGGCCAAAUCAAUGAUUAAGAGUGGAUUAUCAAAAGACGCAUCAAAUAGAGAUGACUUGGAAGAAAUGUUAAGACAAGGUGAAAAAUUGAGAUCUAAGCAAUUGGGUUAUGAAGAUGGAGAUCAAAGUGACCAGGACGUUUCUGAUAUUGAAGAUGAAUAUGCCAAGGACGAUGAGACCAAUGAGACUGAUGAUAUAAAUAGAAAUAAGUUAGGUAAGGGUGUAUUGGCAAUGGACUUCAUGAAAUCGGCCGACAAACGUCACAAACAAGAAAAUUUGAAAGAAUUAGAAUUAUUAAAGAAAUUAGAAAAUGGUGGUGACUUAGAUGAAUUUCAAGAAGACGCCACCUCUAUUAAUGUUACAAAGAAUCAAGGUAGAAGAGUCUACACUCCAAGUGCAUCAUCCAUGAAAUCCGAUAUUAAUGAAGUCAAUCAAAAAACCUUAAACGAACUUAGAGAUGAUGAAUCUAACAACUUAGAGAAUAGAUUAAGUAAGAAAUUUAAAGUGGUGGAUAAUUCAAUUUCCAAUAAAAAGCCAAAUAAUUUAUCUAAGGAUGUUGAGGAAGAAAAGAAACUGAAAGCAUCUGAUGAAGCUGAGGAUGUCAAUCCUUGGUUAGCAGGCAAUGAUUCUGAAGAAGCGAUGCAGAAGUCUAGAAAGAUUCAUAAGGUUGACAAAACUUCAUCUAAAUUAUCAAAGUCGGCUCAAAAGAUUUCUAAAAAUAAAAAGAGAAGUGCUUCACAAAGAGAUGAUGAAGAUACUAUAAUUGAUAUGCAUGAAACUUUGAAGGCCAGAGAUAUCCAUGAUGAUGAUAAUGAGAAUUCAAAUGAUGAAGAUAAGGACGAUGGACUUAUGUUCAAGCAAAAGAACUUAAUUAAACAAGCAUUCGCGGGGGACGACGUUGUACGAGAAUUCGAGAAAGAAAAAAGACAGGUUGUUAAAGAUGAAGGUGAUAAAGUAGAAGAUGUAACAUUACCAGGAUGGGGUGAUUGGGCAGGAGGGAAGAAAAAAGCUAAGAAGAUAGUGCGUAAAAUUGACGGUGUUGUUCAAAAAGAUAAGAGAAAGGAUAAGAAUUUAAAGGACGUUAUCAUUAAUGAAAGAGUCAACAAAAAGAACUUGAAAUACCAAUCAUCAGGAGUUCCAUUCCCUUACGAGUCUAGAGAGCAAUACGAAAGAGCUUUGAGAAUGCCUGUGGGUCAAGAAUGGACUUCUAGAGAGACCCAUCAAAAAUUGACUAUGCCUAGAAUCAUCACUAAGCAAGGUACCGUUAUUGAUCCAUUAAAAGCGCCAUUCAAGUAG